AUGUUGAGAUUAAACAAAUUAGUAUGUUUACUGAUUAUCAGUUUGAUCAGUCUGGAACUCCUCUCUUCUCCUGACUGUUGUCUCACCAUUCCUCCUGAACACACUUUGACUUUAGCCAACACAAGGAAGAAGGCUGAUUUAAAACUACUCAUGAAGAUUGAGGGAAAGGGCACUGCCUUAAAAGAUGCUGCUCAUUCUUACCAUUUUCAACCUCCUGAUAAGUCUCCAAGUGAUUAUUAUCUCCUUUUCUUGGGAUAUGAUAGUCACACAAAUACAUGCGAAGCAGAGUUGACAGAUGGAAAAGCAAACAAUGUGAUCACAAUUACAGAACGCGAUCUUCCAAGUGAUGUGAAAAUAAUAUACUUACAAGGUGGACGGUGGUUGAGGAAGGGAAACAAAUCGCUAAAAAAUGUUGGUGAUUUUUUACCAAACCAGAUACCAGCUAUCAGAAACAGUUCAGAAGGGCGCAAAAGGCACUGGGGAUGUGCAUUUCGGAAGAGAGAUUGGAGCAGAUUAAAUAAAUUCCACAUUCAAAUCAAUAAAAACGAAAACGUGACGUGGCACGUAAAUUGA